UCUAAGUGUCAUUCGCCCUAACGUUGACGACUUUAAACUUGUUUUUCCUGCUUGCCUCUGAAGAAAAAAGAUUGUUUUUCCCAAAUUUGUGCUGUUUUGUGAGUGAAAAAAGUGAAAUUCCUGCUGCCAAGUGGAGUGCUAGAAUUGGGUGUUGUACAUGGUGUAAUUUAAAACAUGUACGGCAUAAAACCGUAACAUGGCGGCGCCUUAGCGGGACAGUGUUUGUGUGUGUAUGUGCUUGUGGACUCGUGGAAGUCGGUUUCAAAAGAGCAGAAGAAAAACAUAUCAACAGAAACAAUAACAAGUGAAAACUGCGGGAAAAAGUUCUCACACGCAGUUAUACGUUAUAUAUACAUUUUGAAGUAAAUAGCGCUACCGAACAGCAGAGCGUGUGCGAGAGUGUGUGACUAACAGUGUGGCAACUAAACCUAACUAGCAUGAUGGCGGAUACUAACAGCGGCACUUCUGGUGGGGGUGGACCCGAACCAAUACCCCAGUGGAAGAAGGAACUGAUCCAGCGCCGGAAGAAUCUGGCCAAAACGAUCGGAGCUGCUGCCACACAGGUGCACGACAGUGCCUCCACGGUGGCAGCCGCACUCACGACACCGACCACACCGAGGGCUGGACCCGGCGGAAACCCCUUUGGCUGCGGCCAGAAAGAUCCAUCGAUAGUGACCCCGCCGGUUGCGGACAGUUCGUCACCUCCAGCAUCAACAAUCGAGUCCUCCGCUAGCCCUGCCCCACUAGUAGUAGUAGAGCACAAAGGUAAUAAUAGUGAUUCACCUGCCUCACCUACAGCCACCACCCCAUCGACGACGUCGCUGUUUGGUGCCCCGGUGUUCGUAGGUCAUUCGCAUUCGUCACCAGUGAAUGAGCAACCGCCAGUGUUGGUGAAAUCGCUCAGUGCUACCACCAACACCACAACUCGGGGAGUCGUCGAGCCGUCGUUGCCAGUCGGCGGAACGUCAGCAGAGAUACAACCGUUGCAGCACAUUCAGUCACAUUCCAAUGACGGUAAGGAAAGCACCAGCAGUAGUGCAAACAGUCGAUCGUAUAAUUUUCACAGCAUCGCUUUGAGUGGUUCUUCAAAGGGAGGAGGUGGUGGUGGUGAUACUCCAGCAAAUAGUGGUCCAGCGGGAAAGUAUGCCGCGGUUGUAUCCACCAGUGCUAGCGGUGUUAGUGUUAGUGUUGAUUGCGAGUUAACGCGGCCAACCCCAGGAGAAACCAGCAGUUAUAACAGUGAGAUCGGUUGGAAAAUUAAGAAAAACACUUCAAGUGCUUCUUCGUCUGUUAGCCCCAACAGCAGCACCAAAAUGGUUGCAGCUAGUGCUGAAGAGAUUAUUUACGACAAUAGUCGUUUCGUGGGUGAGGCAAAUCGUGAAAGAGUCGGUUCGGGUGGAACCCCGGGGGAUGUUGACAGUUCGGAGGAAUUGAAAUAUGGACCAGGCAUUGUUUCGAAACUUCGAUGUCGCUAUUUGAGCCUCGCGCUGCGGCAGUCCGCGAAUAAGCAGAGACCCUCGCUAAAUAACAUGCGCAGAGCCACCAGCUUGAACAACUUGCUGGAUGAGGAGUGUGAGGACCUGAGUGAACGGGAACACUCGAUCGAUGACAAGGAUCAGUCGCACGAGAAAUCUAUUUACCAGCAGGGGAAGAUGGGACGCGAACAGCAUUAUAAUCAGAUGAACUUACACCAGCCAAAGGCGAGAACUCCGGACGAGUAUAUUUCGACGUUUCAGAAAAGUGUUCAAAACUGUUAUACCAGAAGCAGCAGACAAACAUCAAAGAAGAACGAAUACAAUCGUUACAACAAGCAGCGUGGUGCGGAUUCCCUAAAACGUGCCCUAUCAGUGGAGGCGCUCGUGCGCUACGAUCACAAGUCCUGGGAACGCGACGUUCAGAAAGAAAAUCUUUACAGUAGCAACGAUAGCAAUGUGAUAAUACUGGAUGAAAUAUGUACCAACGGAACUACCAUUACGAACAACAACUGCCAAUCGUUGGUAAUGAACAAUAACCACAACAAGGUAGAUUUGAUUGUGGACUGCGUUACGAUCGAGGAGAAGAUCAUCAACGGCCGAGAGAAAGGCGAUCCAAAACCCAAGAGGUUGACGUCGUUCAUCGACGCGGACGAACGUCCACCGCCAGAUUUGGUGCGACAGACGUUGAAAAUAUUCGAAGCAAAUGCCAAUCGGAAACCCGUUGCCAGGACUAACGGAACGGCCAGUGAUGUUGCUGCCAAGGUGGCUUGCUACAAGUCAAUAAUAUCGCAGGAUAAACCACCAAUCACCCAUCCCAAGCCGCCGCUCAGUCCUAAAAAGCCAAAUAUCAUACCGCGAACUACUAGUCCCAAGUCUAACGGCACCACAAACAACAGCACUGCCAACGGUCUCAAAGAUAAACAGAAUCUGCCCAAGCUCGACAUCACUGCGAUCCGCAAUAAUUUAGUGGAUACUACAAACAACCUCAAGAACACACAAGUGACUACAACGACUCCGCCCAGUCACAACCAAAACAACACGUCCACACCGCUGUCCGUGCGCGUAGAACUACAAACAUCCUAUCGGCUCAAGUAUGACUCACCUGCCUUAUCGCCGAACACUAUGCCACACAAAGCCGUCUCAACCACGACGACAAACGCUGCGAACCGACCCGAGAGUCCUCGCGUCUCAGCUGCUGCUAAUAUGCAAAACAUCACAAACAGUACUGCUCUUACAUUCGUCGACUCACCAUCGAUUCAAGCGCUCACGAGCAAGCUGAGUAACCUCAAUAUCGCGACCUCAACACCAGCCGGCACCCGCUCGCCUACCCCAUCCGAUUCGAGUGCAGCUGCUCCACCGCCGGUCCCGCCGCGCAGCAUUCUCCAGUACGCAACGAGUGAUGAGGAGGAUCCGGACGAUCCGGAAGACCAGCAGCGUGAGUAUUCGAUAAACAGCGACCACGGCAGCGACAGCCAAACGGAUGACCUUGAGCUGGACGACGAACCGGACACAGUAAGGAAGGUCUCCCCGAUCGCGAUGGAGAACAUUUCCAAAGCAGGCGUCACAACGCAGUUCCGCUUCAAUAGUCAGCCGCAGAACAAAUCGCAUCUUCCCUCAUUCAACAAUAAUAGUAACUCCGCUAUCAGUGCUCCCACUGGUGGUGCCAAAUUGCUCGCCAGCAAAAAGUUAAAUGUAGAUGAUCAUCUGUCGUCAAAUUCCUCGUCGACUUCGUCAUCGCCAAUAACAGUGCCAACAGCAGCAGCAGCAACCGUCGUCAUCACACAGAAGCCUCCUAUUCCGCAGUCUCGCGAAAGUUUGGGGAACAAUGGCCACAAGCCAACGGUGCCCAAUAAUAGUAGCAACAGUAGCAGCAGCUUCGGUAGUGUCGGGGCGAAUAAUAAUCGUAAUGUUCAUAAUAGUAGCAAUGCCAAUACUAGUGUUAAUAGCCACGGAAGCAAAUUAGUGAUAACUGCCAGCGAUGGCAACAAUGCCAACGGUGUUUCGGAGUCCGCUGCCCCAGCGGUGGCGGCAUUGAGUGCUAGUAAUGUGUCAAGUGACGUGAAAUCGGUUAAUCUUACCGCUCGUGAAAUCGAAAAAAAUCAAAUCAAUUUGGAGAAGAAUGAAGAGUCGAUCAGUAGUGCUAGUGCCGUUGGAGGUAAUGGUGGUGGUAAUAAUCAUAUGCUGAUGGCGAAAUCGAACAACAACAACAAUAACAGUGGUGACGUCAGCGCAUGUGGCGGUGGUGACUUCUUCAUGGCCAAAUGGGGCUCACCAGCGCCGGCUGCAGCGGCAUCCGAUGGUAGCACCAUUGCCAGCAACCCGCUGGCUGGCCUGAUCCCAGCAAAGAAAAAAGUCAAAGCUCCGCCACCGCCCAUCGAAACCAACACAAUGGUGUUUAACUUUAGCGAUCGAAAGGAACCGGUGCCGGAUUACAUCGAGAACGACGGAAUCAUACUUCGGCCGAGGCCACGUGAGUUGCCCAAGCCCGGCGAGUCCGGCUUUGUGGUACUGGGCGACCUCACGCUCGAAACCUCCACCGACCCGGAUGACUCGUGGGCCAUGGGUCCUCCGUCGCCGUGUGAUGUCGAGUUCGAGAAUGCCAACAUCCUGAUCAACGGGAAAUCCAGUAUGAGAAGCAAGACUAGUAGGGACAACAGGUUCAAAAUUCAAUUUGACGAUUCGCUAACCUCGACCUUCGAGUAUCCAUCGGAGACGUCGCUGCUGGAAACGACGAACGGCUUCGACGGGGAACCAGCUGGAGCUGCCAAUGGGCAAUCGGGCCCUGCCAACAAUCCAACGACUGCCGCCGCAGGAACGGACGUCGGAGUAGGGGGAGGAGUAAGUGGCUUAAGCUUUGGCGAGAAUGGACUUCUUUCGCACAAGAAUACCCUGCUGUCAUCCAUGCCACUAGAACAAACCCCCCGCCGGAACCGCACACUCGGCCCGAAGAAUACCACGAAUGAUCGACGACGACGUACCUUACAGCCAAGAAACUUCUGCUGUGGACAGCAACUGCUGCUAAGAUCGAAAGUCACUGCUACCAACAACACCACCAGCACCAGCAACAGCAAUUCCGGCAUAAAAAACUCCUGCUCCUCGACAGAGAAAAUCUACCCCGAUCGCUUCCUGUUCAACGUUCCAAUCGGGAGCGAGUCGUUGGUUUGAGUAGCGGGGAGUUAUGCCUAGAUGUUUUUACAGCAUAGUUAUUAGCUUCUCGAGAAUCUUGGAGUAGAUGUAGAUUAAGCUUGCAUUCCUCGUUUCUUCAUCAUGGCGACAUAAUACUUUCAUGGCGAUCACAAAUCAUGUAAAACUUAUUGUGAACUGCUCGAAUUUGGAAACUGCUUGGAAACAUAAAAACAUUUCACAUUGGUAUCGCUGAUGAAAGGAAUAUAUAACAAAGCAAUCAGAUCCAUGGUUCCGAAUAGGGUUGGGCGAUCUUUAUGAAAAGAUCGAUCUUGUCGAAUCGAUUUUUCAAACGCCGUAGGGAUCGAUCCACUGAAUAAAUCGGUACCAAAGAAUCGAUCUUUGCCGAAUCGAUCUUUGAAAAAUGUAAAUGUAAAUGUAAUUCGAUUUAUCUGCUUGUUCUAUAUGAAAGGCGGGAAUUCAAACAGGAAUACAUAUUUCAUAAUUCUAUUCUAACAUCAGAAGCAUUUUGUUUUGCUCCUCAGCAUGAAGGCCACAACUACAGGGCAUUCAUCAGGUGCCGUCAGGCAGUCAUUUUAUUAAAUGAAUUAAUUGAAGAACCAUUAUUAGCAAUUCAACAAACCGUCCAGUACUCAGCUGACAAUGAUCCCAUAAAAGUCAAUCAUGCCAUACAUGUGCCAUUUAGUCAAAAUCGAUUCUUGAUUUUGGCGCCAGUUCUAAAAAUUAACGAUUAGCCUGUAAUUAAAAACAGGUUCAAUGAUCCUAUGCGUAACUGAUUACAGUACAUCACCUCAGUAGCUGCCGCUAGUUCGGUCUCUGUCAGCGAUCCAAAUGUUGACAUUAUGUUUUAAAAAAAGUUAGGUGGCCUUUGGUGAGAUAAAAAGUCGAUGUAUAUUGAAAAAAAACAAAUCUACAAAAAAAAUUUCUAAGAUCGAAAAGAUCCAAAGCAUAAAAAUCGAUUUUCUCGGUUUUCUUGAGAACAAAAGAUCGAUCCAAGAAAUCGGAAAUCGAAAUGGAAAAGAUCGAUCUUCUAAGAAUCGAUCCGAGAUCGCCCAAUCCUAGUUCCGAAUAGUGAAGAUACCUUCCCGAUCGUUGAAUUAUGACCUUCUUUCCGCAACUGUCCAUAACCCCACAAUCGGGCUGGAAAUGCAUGGUUUGUUUGAAUGGUUGUUCACAAUAAAAGAAACGAAGUCUCCGGAGUCAGGCCGAAUCAUAACACAUUAGUGAAAAAUUUUAACAAGUCACUGUUCGGUUGUCAAAUUAGUAUUUAUGUAUUGAAGUCGCAAAUUCGUCGAAUGACUUUUUCACCUUUCCACCUUUUCAAUUACAAUAAUGUCGUAUGUCUUCCCUCGCUUGAAAACGCACGGCGAGAGGAGGCCCCACACAUUUUCCCUUGGGAUCAGACUCGGACUGCGCACCGGUCAUACUAAAAGUGGGAUAUUUAGGCCUUGGAAGAACAAUUUCGUAGCAAUGGAAGCGUGACAAGCAGCAUUAUCUUGCUGGAAAUUCAUGUUAUCCUCUCAGAAAAUGAUAUGAGAACAAUUAGAAGACUACAGAAAGAUUCCAAUAAUACUAUAAUCAGAGUACAAUAAGACUGCAAUUACACUUCAAAAAGACAACAAUAAGAGUACAACAAGACAAUGAAAAUACAAAAAUGUUAAAAAUUUAUUCUGGUUUAUAUAAAACAGAUAGGAAUUUUCCUGCCGAAGUUUGUCACUUCUCUGGUGGUUUGUCGUUUCUCACUUCGUUUAUCGUGUUUAUUUUUUGAUAUAUUUUUAGUAUAAUUCGUACUGUUCUUAUGUUUAUUUUCAUCAUUGUUACACUGUUAAACAGUUAAACUUACAAUAUCCCAUGUACAAGUGGUUUCAAGAUAUAUUUUUCUGAUAUAUGAAUGCUAUCAAACAUAUGAGGAGUACAAGUAUGACUUUACGGAUUUUUUAUAUGUGGCAACUGCACAAGCGUGUAUUUCAACUUCAGAACGUAGUACAGUUCAUUUUAUGGAAGUGUAAACAACCAACAUUUUAUCGCAAGCUUACAAAUAAUAUAAGGUAAAUGAUGUUAGUUGGUCCAGUCGAAAAUAUGAUCAUGGUUCACCUUUCAGCACACCUUUGUCAAAUCAGGUAUUCGAAUGUUUCAAAACAUAUAAAUAAAAUUGUCUUUUUCAUGAUUUACAGUAGUUUUAUAGUAUAUUUUUACGGAAUCACAUGUUUUGAAGGAUUAUAAAAUA